AAAAAUUGUCCAUGAUCUAAUUUUUUAUGGGAUACUAUGGACGAUUUUUCGAAUAAUAUUAGUACCCAGCAAACAAAACGUUGAGAUAACAAUAUGCAAAUCAAAAUAUAGUAUAUAAACUGUGUUUUUUUUUACUGUUUAAAAAUGUCAAUCAUUUGCUUCGAAUAAUCUCGCAAAAUAUGUGGCAAUUUAAACUUAUUUUAGUUUGUGGUUUUCUAUUGGCAACAUCUCCAAAAAAAACUUUGGCAUUGUGCUCAAAUUAUACGGAACUUUUAACCAACAUUUUUGCACUACUCGGUCAGUCGGCUACUUAUCAAACACCUGUAAAUAACAGUGAAUUUUAUACCGGCUAUAAUAAAACUGAAAAGGCAAUUGAUUUUGGAAAGUUCGAUUAUAUUAUAGUAGGUUGCGGUACGGCAGGAGGUGUCUUAGCCAAUCGGCUCACUGCAAAUAAAAGCAUCAGUGUUCUCUGUAUUGAAGCAGGUGAGGCAGCUCCUGCACUAACUGCAAUUAUAGGUUUAAGCACACUCUACUUUACUACGCCUUAUAAUUGGGGAUACAAUACUACUUCGCAAACAAACGCUUGUUUAGCUUGUAAGAAUCAACAAUGUCCAUAUCCAAGAGGGAAAGUCGAGGGUGGAUCCAGCACUAUCAACGCUGGAUCCAGCACUAUCAACGCUGGAAUUUAUACCAGAGGAAAUAAGGAAGACUACAAUCACUGGGCAUCACUUGGCAACGCUGGCUGGACUUAUGACGAAUUGUUGCCAUACUUUAAGAAAUCUGAAGCUGCCCAAUUUGAUGUAGACAUAGAGCCACAGUAUCAUGGUUUUGAGGGGCCACAAGCUAUUGAUGUUGCUGAAGAUACUCCAGAAUUGACACAGUUUUUCAUAGACGCAAAUAAUGAGCUUGGAGCCAUAGAACGAGAUUACAACGGUAAUAGUCAAUAUGGUACCAGUAGAGUCCAGGCGUAUUUGAACAAAAAUGUUCGAUCUGGUUCCUCACAGGCAUACAUCAGACCAGCAAUUGAUCGUCCCAAUUUCCACUUGCAACUAAAUUGUCUAGUCACAAAAAUAAUAAUUGAAAAUUCUAUAGCUGUUGGAAUUGAAUUUAUUUGGAAUGGCAAAUUGUAUUUUGGAAAAGCUAAAAAGGAAGUUAUUGUUUCGGCUGGGGCUGUGAAUACGCCGCAACUUUUAAUGCUGUCUGGUAUUGGUCCCAAAGAGCAGCUAAGGAAACUUGGAAUAAAGCCCAUUGCAUUUUUACCAGUAGGGCAAUACUUACAGGAUCAUCCAUUUUUUCCUGGAAUGGUUUUCAGAACUAACCGAGUCUAUUACAACACAUCCUUUCAACAACAAGUAAAUGAUUAUUGCGAAAACAAACGGCCUUUCACUGCGGGAUUUGGAACCCAAUGUAUUUCCUACAUUAGCUUGGAAAAUAAUACAAACGGACGACCAGAUAUCGAAUUGUUGACUUUUGGACCACCAGCCAUGAGUCCUACUUGGGGAGGUGUUUUACAAUAUGACGAAAAAUAUUCUGCAGCUUUCCAAAUUCUUAACCCAGCCACUGACUUUAUGAACUGUCUUUUGCUACUCAAUCCUAAAUCUCGUGGAGAAGUGACACUUUCAUCUAAGGAUCCUUCUAUUUAUCCCGAGAUAAAUCCAAAAUUUUACUCUGAUGAACGUGACUUGGAUGUAAUGUAUGGAGGAAUCGAGAGGACAUUGCUAUUGAUUGAUACUGAAGCUUAUAGACAGUUUAAAGCUGAAUGGUUACGUAUACCGAUGCCUGGUUGUGAUGGGGAGUUUGUGUAUUUUACGAAAGAAUGGUGGCUUUGUGUUGUGAAGCACUUGUCAGUACCUGGUCUUCAUCCUAUUGGUACAACUAGAAUGGGUAAAUCUCCAGAUAUAUCCGUAGUUGAUCAUGAGCUGAAAGUUCAUGGUAUCUGUGGUUUAAGAGUUGUAGAUGCCAGCAUAAUGCCAACUCACAUAUCUGGACAUCCAAAUGCUGCAGUUGUUAUGAUUGCUGAAAAGGCAUCCGCCUUUAUUAUAAUGGAUAACAAAAAUAAUAGGCCUGAUUGCAAAAAAUAACAUUGACAAAUAUUGGAGGAGUAUUUUUGUCUCGAUUCGUAUUAGAAUAAACUGAAUAUUUAUAGGAAUUUUUUGUGUGUUUUUUUUUUUUUUUUUAAAUUGAUCAUUCCAAAAUAUUUUCUGACGUGAACCUGCCAUUUUUCGUAUCCUGAAGAAGUUGUUUCGAGAAAAAGUCGAAAUAGAAAAUACACAUUUUCCAGAAGCCUAACAACAUAAUAGUGAUAAAAAUGAAGUUCUAAAUUUAAAAUAACAACUGAAA